UAAGGUUUGCCUUUAAUUUGUUGUUGAAGUAAGAUGUCAUACCCCACUGGGGCAUCAACAUACGAAAUAAUAAUGGAAAAUUUGGGAGGAGAAAGAAAAAACAGUAACAAAGAUGAAGAAAAGUUGGUGGAGGAGGAGGCCGGCGCCAAUCAACCCUUCCACCACAACCGCCACCGCGUUAUUCCGAGUAACGUUGUCAAAAUCCUUGUCCCUUUUACAAUCGUAACGUUGUCGUGCCUCCUUCUUUAUCGAUCCACCUCUACCGGAAAACUUUUCCCCAACCUCUCCUACUUGAAACAUGGAAACUUUUCUGCUCCCAACAAAACCAUUCCUUCUUCAUCCACGGAAAAGGUGGUGGAGAACAGUGUAGAGAAAGUGUUGGAGAAGGCAGCCAUGGCAAACAAAACAGUGAUCAUAACAACCUUAAACGCAGCAUGGACAACCUCGGGCACCAUAUUUGAUCUGUUUUUGGAGAGUUUUAGGAUUGGGAACCAAACAGAAGGCCUGUUGAAGCACGUGGUAGUCGUGGCCUUGGACAAAACCGCUUACGCUCGAUGCCGUGAGUUACACCCUCAUUGCUACAGCUUGAGCACUGACGGAGUUGACUUCUCCGGCGAGGCGCAUUUCAUGAGCCAAGACUACUUGAAGAUGAUGUGGAGGAGGAUUGACUUUUUGCGGGUGGUUCUCGAAAUGGGAUAUAGCUUCAUUUUUACGGAUGCUGAUAUAAUGUGGCUUCGUCAACCAUUCUCACAGUUCUACCCGGACACCGACUUUCAAAUCGCAUGCGACCACUACUGGCAUGACUCUUCCGACCUAAACAACUCCCCAAACGGCGGCUUCAACUACGUAAAAUCAAACAACCGCUCCAUCGAAUUUUACAAAUUCUGGUACAAAUCGAGGGAGGCUUUUCCGGGGAAGCACGACCAGGACGUGCUAAACAUCAUCAAAUUUGAUCCUUUCAUUAAACAGAUUGGGUUAAAAAUAAGGUUUCUGAACACGGCUUACUUCGGGGGGUUUUGCGAGCCCAGCAAAGACCUUAAUCUGGUGCGCACCAUGCAUGCCAAUUGCUGUAUUGGUCUUGACAACAAAAUUCAUGACCUUAAAAUGGUUAUUGAUGAUUGGAAGAAGUAUAUGGGAUUAGCCAGCAAUGAGAGGACAUCCAGGCCACAAACAUGGACCGUUCCAAGACGAUGUGGGUAAAUAAGAGUAAUAUUAUAUGUAAUCAUACUUUCUACUCUAUUUUUUUUUUAUCUUCUGCUGAUAUGUUAUGUUUUGAUUGAUUUAAAGAACAAAGUGAUCACUGUUCCGCAACUAUAAUAUUGA